CCUUUAUGCUUUACCAGGUACCAGGUAAUCAGCACUCCAACUGACUUCUUUAUGGUGAUGGAAUAUGUGCCAGGUGGUGAACUUUUUGACUACAUCUGUAAACAUGGAAGGGUGGAGGAAGCAGAAGCUUGUCGUCUCUUUCAGCAGAUUAUUUCAGCUGUUGAUUAUUGUCAUAGACACAUGGUGGUUCAUCGUGAUUUGAAGCCAGAGAAUGUUCUCCUUGAUGCACAAAUGAAUGCCAAGAUAGCUGACUUUGGACUAUCUAACAUGAUGGCUGAUGGGGAAUUUUUACGCACCAGUUGUGGCUCACCAAAUUAUGCUGCUCCAGAGGUUAUCUCAGGCAGGUUGUAUGCAGGCCCAGAGGUGGAUUUUUGGAGUUGCGGUGUGAUUCUUUACGCCUUACUGUGUGGGACGUUGCCUUUUGAUGAUGAGCAUGUGCCAACACUGUUCAAAAAGAUCCGUGGUGGUGUAUUUUAUAUUCCUGAGUAUCUGAACCGCUCAGUUGCUAAUCUUCUCAUGCAUAUGCUACAGGUUGACCCGCUGAAAAGGGCAACCAUUAAAGACAUUAGGGAGCACGAAUGGUUUAAACAAGAUUUGCCAACUUACCUGUUUCCAGAGGAUCCUGCGUACGAUUCCAAUGUCAUAGAUGAAGAUGCAGUGAAGGAAGUUUGUGAAAAGUUUGAAUCUACCGAGUCUGAAGUUAUGAACAGUUUAUAUAGUGGUGACCCACAAGACCAGCUGGCUGUUGCUUACCAUCUUAUUAUUGACAAUCGGAGAAUUAUGAAUCAAGCUAGUGAGUUUUACCUGGCAUCAAGCCCCCCGACAGGUUCGUUUAUGGAUGAUAAUGGGUUACAUAUUCCACCUGGAGUCAAAGCCCAUCCUGAGCGCAUGCCCCCUCUGAUGGCAGACAGCCCAAAGGCACGCUGUCCACUUGAUGCACUCAAUACCACUAAACCCAAACCAAUGGCAUUGAAGAAAGCAAAGUGGCACCUUGGAAUUCGCAGUCAGAGUAAACCAUAUGAUAUAAUGGCAGAAGUCUACAGAGCCAUGCGACAGUUGGAUUAUGAAUGGAAGGUGGUGAAUCCCUACCAUCUGCGUGUGCGUAGAAAGAAUCCAGUGACAGGGAACAACGUGAAAAUGAGUUUACAACUGUAUCAAGUUGACAAUCGCAGCUACCUGCUAGAUUUCAUGAGCAUUGAUGACGAUAUUAUGGAACAAAAGUCGGGCUCUUCCACUCCCAAACGUUCAGGAUCCGCAGCUUUGCUGCACAGGCCAAGACUGAGUUCUGAUGCAGCAGCUACUGAUGGUCAGCCACUGACUCCCGUUGGAUCACUGCCCACUUCUCUGACCGGAUGUUUGAGUUCAAUAAGUCCCCGAAAUGGGAGCCAUACAAUGGAUUUCUUUGAGAUGUGUGCUAGCCUUAUUACUACACUGGCUCGUUGACAAAAUAAAAUCAACUUCCUGAUAAUUUAUAGAGCAUAAGCUCUUUAACCUAGAAAAAAAUUGCAAGAAAACAACCCUUCCACUUUGUGUGUGUGUGUCUUGUACUUUGGCACUGGUUAUAGAUCAUGCCAGUUUGCAGUUGGUGCUUUUGUUUCUUUGGUAUUGUGGCAGCGGAAGGUAACGUUUGUGCAUUACCAUUUAGAAACACUGCAGUAAUACUGUGGAGCUUUAUUAUUGCACCUGUUUUGCAAGCCAAAUUCAUGAUAUUAUACGGGUUUACAAACACAUCUGGAAAGGUGUCGUAAAGCAACAACAUUCAUUUUAACGCAGUAAUGUGUUACAAAAUUAUAAAUUAUGAAAAAUGUUAAAGAACGGAUAAAGCAUGUUUUAAAUACUUGGCAUAUGAACAUACGAUGUUUUAGAUAAGUGGAUGACUGUGGCAGUUCAUUCUUUGCUGAGGCCGAGUGUGGAUGGAAAUGCUUAUUUCUCUUCAGGUUAGUUGUGGCUAGAAAGCUAUAACAUUAAAACUCUAAUUUUAUAAAUAAUUGAGGUAAAUUAAAUUAAAAUUAAAAUUGAAAUGGCUCAAUUGAAAUCCUCAAGUUAUGUUAUAUACAGCUGUUAAGGAUUAUUCUACUGCUGUUUUGUUUUAUUGAUGGCGGAAUUACAUUUACUUGUGUCGAAUUUUUAAGUAUAACCAGAAGGGUUCUCUGCACAAACAAAAUUAGCUUGGAUUCUGUGAAACACUCCUUUAUAAAUAUUUUCCAGCUCACAUGAAUAUUCCUGCACAGUGUAUCUUUCACUUGAUUUAUUAAAGUUGACAGUAUAGUCAGCUCAAUUUGAUGAAAUGUGGCUUGAAUGAUGAACUUUAAUUAAAUAUACGUACUAUAUCUUUACAGUACAAUUUGGGAUGACAAGUAUGUCAUAUAAAUAGUUGAUGUUUAUAACAUUUAAUAAAGAUCCCAAAUUGAGGUCCUUUGAUUAUAUUGAUUAAUAAUACUAUCCAUUUUGUCCUAACAGUUACUGUUAGGUUUUCUGCUUUAUAAGAUUUGCCAAUUUAAAUAUAAAUAUUUGAAAAUAAAUCAAGUAAAUCUAAGGUUAGAUUAUAAUUUUUUUUGCAAAAUGGGGAAGCAUUUGGAGUUAAUACUUCACCUAACUUUCCUUGCUUCCCAUGGAAUUUCUUUUGGUUGGCUAAUAUAUUGUAUUUUCAAUUUUAAUUUCAACCUCCCAAAAUUCACCAUUUUGUUAUAUUCCUGACCAUUGCGAUCUUUCGACUAUGUAGUUGUAUUUCAGGCUUAAUAGUACCACCUAAUUGGUAGUUAUCAAUGCUCAUGGUUUUAAUUAACUGAAAAGGAAAAGAUAUUGAUUAUAAUCCCCUGCAGCUUUUUGAUUUUUGGAAGUAGUUCCAGCAAUGAGUUUAAUCUAUAGAGUAUGUUAAGAUAUUGUAUGCUUUUAAGAGAAUUUACAAUGAAUCUAAAUGUGAAAAUCUACAGACUUUCUAACGUACUCCCUCUAAGUUGGUACUUAGGCCAGGUCUCCAGAUGUGCCAUAUCACUAGCUCCGUUAUUCUUUUUUAUUUUGGGUUUAUGUUGCUGGAGUUGUUGGCAGGAGAAGUGGUCAUUUGGAAUCUCAGUCAUGACUUCCCAUGUUGGGUAGCAUAGCCAUUCAAAUGAGCUUCUGAGCAAGAGGUUUUCUUGUCAUCAACCCAGCUUUUACCAGCUGAGGGACAGAAGACCUAUCAGCAUCCAGAGUCCAUGUUCGACCCCUUCCUGGUAACUUGUAGAACAUAAUGACUUGCAAGAAAAUAAGCCCAAAUAGUCUCAAAGUAUGCUUUAGAGCAAAAAAAAGUAUACGCAUAAUUUUCUGCAAUUUUAAAAAAAUUUAAUGAAACUUUAUUGAACCAUCAUAAUGACCUGCAGACCUGAGCCAAAAUUAUGCAUCUAUACUGUAGAUCUGCUUUACAAAGUUGAAGUCUAAAUAUUUGCAUUUUUUUCCCCUGAGGUUUUGUAACUUGUAUUAUGCGUUCUUUUAUAGAUUGUUUCUCUUCCCCAGUUCUAAAUAGUCAUUUGGGUCACACAGUAAACUGUGAAUGAAUCACACUUUACAUUGAAAACAAAGUUCAUUAUCCACACUAAUUCAGAAAUGCUUACUAUAAAGUCAUUUCAGAAACUGUCAGGUGUCUGCAUGCAAAUAGUUUAAUCAUGCCUGAGCAAAGUAGAGGGGAUAGACUAAUGAAUGGAAGGUAACCAUAUGCUACACAUAGAGUCUUGGCAAUCGAAGUAUUAGUUCCUCAUCCUCAAAUUUACCUGUCCUUAGUUGUUUUCUCCAGAAGGUUUACCAAUAUCAAAGUUUCUUCCCACUUUAAGACAGCAUUAUCCCUUGCAUCUUCAACAGGGUUCAAUAAAUGCCAAUCAAGAGGUUGAUUCAUACAGUUUUUUAAAAUUUCCACUUUUUCUAUUGUAGUGCCUUGACGCUGAUUAUUAUACUCCACUGUAACAAUUGAUUUCACAGCCUAGACCCAGGUAUUAUUUUAAAGUUGUGCCUUUUGUUUUAAUUUUAUUAACAUUGCCUGCCACUGGCUUUAUGGAGUAUUUAAAUAUAUUCUUGAAACAUUGAUGUAUAGGAAACAGUUGCGAAAGGGAUUCUAUUCCUCCCUCAGUUCAUCUGCUGCUGAAACCCUUGAACAUCUAGACUUGACUAUCCCUGUGCAUACCUAGUUAGCCUUCAAUCCUAACCCACUGUAAAUCUAGGGUACUACAAAUAAUCAAGAAAGCUAAGAGAAUGUUGUGUUUUAUUGUGAAGGGAAUUGAAUAGAAGAGUAAAGAGGUUAUGAUUCACUUAUACAGUGCAUUGGUGAGACUGCAUCUAGAGAAGUGUAUAGUACUCAUUACAGUACUUAAGGAUGUUAAUGUUUUGGAAGGAGUUCAGAGGUUUUCUGAACUAAUGCCUGGAACAAAUGAUUGUUUUCUGAGGAAAGGCAAGACAGCCUAAGCCUGCAUCCUUUGGAAUUUAGAAGAAUCAGAGGUGACUAAUUGAAAAGUAAGAUCCUGAGGGGACUUGACUGAAUGGAUUUUGGAAGGAUGUUAACCCUUUUGGGGGAGUCCAGAAUGACAGGGUUAUGGUUUAAAAAGACAUGGUUGCGUAUUUAAAACAGAUGAAUUCUUUUCUCUGGGGGUUGAGUGUCUUUGCAAUUCCCUUCCUUGAAAAGCAGUGGGAUGCAAAUUAUUUAAAUUUUUUUUAAGAUUAGGGUCGGUAGUUCCUUGAUUACCAGGGUGAUGAAAAAUUAUUGGUAAUAAUGCAAGAAUAUAGAGUUGAGGUUAAAAUCAUGUUAGCUGUGAUCUUAUUGAAUUACAGGGCAAGUUCAGAGGGCAAAGUGGCCCAAUGUUCUCUGGUCGUAUCUAAAAUUUAAUUCCCUAUGUCCGAAUCCACACCAACUUCAAUUCACCCCCAUGCUUCAUGAACUAGAUUGGCUAUUUCUGUGGUGACACAUUAAUUUUUAAGAUUGGAAUCCUUGUGCUCUAAUGCUUCUAUGACCUCCCUCUUCUCGAACCCUAUCUCCUGUAAUCUGAUUUGGCAUACAUUAGUCAAGAUGGCUGCAUUUAGCCAGUUUGGCCUGUUGGAGCAUAUUCCAAUCUUAAUCACUCCGUUUGUUGACAGUGAUGUCAUCUGCCAAAGUCCUGAGGUUCUGAAUUCCCUCUAAAACCCUCUACCUCUCUUUCUAAGAUUCUCCUUAAACCUACCUCUUUGACCAAGUUUUUGGUCAUCAGCCCUAGUAGAACUUUGGUUUUGUCAAAUUUUGUUUGAUAGUGCUCCUGUGAAGCACCUUGUGGAGUUUUACUACAUCUAUAGUACUAUGUAAAUAAAAAUUGUUGUUAUAAUCUAUGUAAGAGUAAUUGAAAUGUCCCAAAAUGUUGAGUUACACAAUAUAAAUACUAGUUCUUUUUAUUCCUUUAAUUCCCCUCCCCACCUCAUUUUCUAAAAUAUGCAUUUACCAUGUGUUAAGAAAUAAUGAUGGUUCUGAACUGGUGAAUUUCUUAUGUGAAACAGCAGAAUCACAUGAUCCAUCCCUUUUAACUUCUAUGAGUGGUAUUGUGUGAUCAAGGGUCACCAAAAGUAUAAAGAACUAACUCAUUAUUAUUUAGCAUUUUAAAGUAAUUCAUUCUUGGAAUGAAGAAAUAACACAUUUUAAAUGUCAUUCAUAUCAGUAGAUCUUUUCAGUAUGUUCCACUCCCUUGUAGCAAUAGGCUGUACUGGAUGGACUAGACAAGUAAGUUCCUGUCUUAUCAAUAUAUAGCAACUUUAUGGUACAUUAGAAAACAAAGUAUAGUACAAUAGAUUAUCAGUUGCAUGGAAAGCAACUUUGUAAGCAUGUACGUUUCACUUGAAAAGGUAGCUUUGAGUAUAUACGUUUCUUUGCAUGUUUCUGCAGCAAGUGAGGCUUACGGCAAAGGACACUAGAGUACCAUUUCAUUUUGAAGUUUCAGAGGAUUGAAACUUGGUAACUGAAUUUUUCUGAAUUUUAGAUUGAUGUGAUUUCAGAUGUCACUUCAUGACCUAUUUAGAUUUUAGCUGCUUAUAUUUUACCGAUCCAUCAAAUAACCAUAUUUGAAGGUGUGACUUAUGUGAUGAUUGUUUUUUUCUCUAAGUCCCCAAUCGCCUUUUAAUUGUAUUGAAGUCAAUACUUGAAAUGUAAUUUGUUUGAUCAGGUAUUUUAGUUUUUCACUUUGUAGCUUUUUUGUUUCACAGUUCCAGUUAAAGUUGACAAUUCGAGUUACAAUUUCACUAAGAGUAGUUGAAAUGGAAUUAGAUUUAGCAUAUUCCACUGUAAUGGGAUACACUACUGAAUUAUUAAGCAAAAAAGAUCUACCCUACAAACUCAAAGAUACUAACAACUUAAAUUUCUGCAAGGAUUUAGAAUGCAUUCAGUUCAACUUAAUUCCCGUGGUGUUUCAGUUGCCUUUUGUUUAAUGUCUGUCUGGGAGCAGACAUU